AUGGCUGAAGUGAAAUUCAACUGGAAAAAAAGAGGAAAAAGUGAGGAGAAGAGCGAGUUUCUGACUAACAAACAGAGACCACUCCCUCUUCCAGCGCCAGAUGAGGCAGUUGAAAGAGACAACAUUUCCAACACCGUGGAAAUGUCAGAAAUCACUUCCAAUUCAAAACCAAAGAAGUUCACUGCAAUGACCAAAAUAUCAUCAAAAAUGCAGAAAUAUUGUACAGCACCAGUCAAAUACACGUACGGGGCUAUAAAGAGGACGCAGAAUAUGCUGUCUCAGCCUAUGCUACUCAUUGGCUACAUUCACGUCCUUUUGAAUCUCUUUAUCACAGCCAGUUUUAUUUAUAUCAUUGGGUUUCUGAUCUAUUUCCUAAAAAUAGAUGUUUUAUACAGAAUCAAUGAAAAAAGAGAAAUAAUGAGAGGAGUGAUUCAGAAUGCGAAGGAGAAGUAUCAGAUAAACAGGUGCGAUCCAAGCACAAGGGUUCCAGCACUACAGAAGCAAUGUGGAGAAUGGGACAAUAUUAUCAGAAACGGAUUUUCUGCCUUAAACUACACAAAAAUAGUCGUAGAGCUUCUAGCUGGCGCAAUAGACGGAUUCGUGUCCAAAAUCACAUAUAAAACACUCGUAACCAUAGGAUUCAUGAUGGUGUUCUACCUGAAAUACAGAAGAUGA